GCCCCGCCCGGCAUCCCCGUCCUCUCCCACGGGCCCUCUCAGGGCCACCUGCCUCCCGCCCCAUGACUCAGCACCUCUGCCCAGCACAGCAGGACUUUUGCCCCCUGCCUGCUCCUCCAGACUCCUGUUCGGAUCCCUACGGGGUCUCCCAGCAACGCCUGCCCAGGAUGCGGGAAGUCAGGGCCUCCAGGGGCCAGGGCCAGUCCCCCAGCGGGAUUGGCACUCUGGGCCUGUCCUGGGCCAUGCUGCUCACGUACGUGCUGGCAGCCCUGGAGCUCACCUGCCUCUUCAUGCAGUUCUCCAUCAUGCCAUACCUGUCCCGGAGGCUGGGCAUGGACUCUGUUGCCUUCGGCUACCAGCAGACCAUCUUUGGCGUGCUUCAGCUGUUGGGCGGGCCCGUGUUUGGCAGGUUCGCAGACCAGCGCGGGGCGCGGGCAGCGUUCACGCUCUCCUUCCUGGCGUCCUCAGCGCUCUACCUGCUUCUGGCGGCCGCCUGCAACCCGGCCCUGCCCGGCGUGGCCUUACUCUUUGCCUCGCGCCUGCCCGGCGCCCUCAUGCACACGCUGCCAGCCGCCCAGAUGGUCAUCACGGACCUGUCUGCGCCUGAGGAGCGGCCCGCGGCCCUGGGCCGGUUGGGUCUGUGCUUCGGCGUUGGCAUCAUCUUCGGCUCCCUGCUCGGCGGGACCCUGAGCAGCACGUGCGGGAUUCAGUGUCCGGUCAUCGUGGCUCUUGUGGUCAGCCUCCUGGGAGCCGUCCUCAGCUUCACCUGCAUCCCCACCAGCACCAAAGGGGCCAGCGCCCGUGCCCAGGCUGCCCUGCCAGGGAAACCCAGGGCCGGCGUGUUUGACCUGAAGGCCAUCACCUGCCUGCUGCUGCAGCCCGGCGUCCUGCCGGUGUUUCUGGUCAAGGUCAUCUGCGGCUUCCCCUCAGGGCUCUUCAUGGUCAUGUUCUCCCUCAUCUCCAUGGACUUCUUUGAGCUGGAGGCCGCCCAGGCCGGCUACCUCAUGUCCUUCUUCGGGGUCCUCCAGAUGGUCAUCCAGGGCCUGGUCAUCGGGUGGCUGAGCAGCCGCUUCUCUGAGGGAGCCCUGCUCCGGGCCAGCGUGCUGGUCUUCAGCGUGGUGGGACUGGCCAUGGCGCUGAUGGCCAACGUCUUCCACUUCUGCCUCCUCAUGCCCGGCCUGGUCUUCAGCCUGUGUGCCCUCAACGUGGUCACCGACAGCAUGCUGACCAAGGCCGUCUCGGCCUCAGACACGGGAACCAUGCUGGGCCUCUGCGCCUCUGUGCAGCCGCUGACCCGAACUCUGGGGCCCACCCUGGGAGGCCUCCUGUACCACAGCUUCGGAGUCCCCGUUUUCGGCCACGUGCAGUUCGCCGUCAACUUCCUUGUCCUCUUGGUCCUCUGGAGGCAGCCUAUGCCCCCAAAGAUGGACAAAGCCUGGUGACCGUGGCCCCCAGGCACGGACUGGCAAUAAACUCCCUUAGGACCUCUUCCAGCCUGAUUUCUAUCAGUUGGGCAG